CCCCACUAUCUAACCUCAUUAUGGCGCCAGCUCUACAGUACUUACAGUACUUAGAUAUCCUACUGACUCGACCAUAUCGCGAAAUGGGCUGCUAAAGAAAGUAUGGUAUUCAGUAAGUGGCGCGAAUGUGUAAUACAAGAUGCCGUUUGAAGGAAAGCCUUCGGCAUUAGCUUGGUGACGAAAUUGUCUCGUCUUUGGCCAUUUUGUGAGGUGUAAUGGUGAUAUUAGUUAACCUCUUAUAAUUGUUGGGCUUCGCCUCCAAUUUGAAGAAGUGUCUUUCAAUGGUUUUGCCCUCUUCUAAUUGAUUAAUCCGUUUAUUCAUCCAUGUCGCAUAGAUGAUUGUUCAACUUUCCUGAUAUUGAAGAAAGGACCAUCUAUCAAAUUACCAAUCUGUCGCAAUUUAGAUUCAUAUACACUUAUUACAUUUCUACAAUAUAGUAUAUAAGUUCGAGUCUACGGGUACAUAUAUUUACAAUUAGCAAUGGCUGUCGUGACACCUUUGCACUCGCAGUGGCACCCCGGCGAACUGGCCGUCCAACGCAUGCUAGGAAUACCUGCCCGAAAUAACCCCACAGUUUACGGGCUGAAGCAGGCACACGCCCAUCGCGUAACCGUCUCUCCACUGGUAGCUUUCGGGACUCUUGACAAGUAUGGAAAUCCAUGGGUUACUGUCUGGGGCGGCGAGGCCGGUUUCUGUCGUCCCAUUGCGGAGAAUGUGCUCGGCGUGAAUAGUGCCACCGACGCACGUUUCGACCCCGUGAUGCAGGCACUUUUUGCUGCUCAGGGUGAUGUGCAGAAGUCAAAUGCCGAGGAAACCGACUUGGAGCCGCGAACAAGAUCGAUCAUCACCGAAGAAGUGAUCAAGUUUGAAGGAGGAAAGAUCAUGGCUGCGCUCUCUAUCGACCUAGAGACCCGUGAUCGGCUCAAGCUUGCCGGCCGGUUCAUCGCAGGCUCUGCGGCACAUACUUCGCCUGGUGUGGCGAACUUGCAGAUAGCGUUUGCGGUGGAGGAGGCCCUGGGAAAUUGUCCGAAGUACCUAAAUAAGAAACAUAUUGUACCCCACGUGCCGACGCCUCAGCUGGUAUCGGUCGAUAAAGGACUUCCUCUGCCGCGGGAGGCAGUGGAGUUGAUCGAGAAGGCAGAUUUAUUCUUCAUUGCUAGCAAACAUGGAGACGGAGGCAUGGACGUGAACCACCGAGGCGGACCGCCGGGCUUUGUGCGUGUAUUCCGGAAUGAAGCUAGUGGUGGCAGGACUGGUGGUGAAGGGGGCCUCGUGCUCGUUUACCCGGAAUACUCGGGUAAUCGCCUAUAUCAGACGUUAGGGAACCUCAACGAAGACCCGGUGGCCGGCCUUGUCAUUCCUGAUUUCGAGACGUCUGAUGUCCUGUAUCUUACAGGGAGGACUACGAUACUGGUUGGGGAACGUGCUGCGACGUACAUGCCGCGUGCGAAACUCGCCGUCCGUAUCGAUGUUACCGAGGCGAGGUUCGUCCGUGGCGGGCUUCCGUUUCGCGGGCAUUUCAUCGACCACUCACCCUAUAACCCGCCUGUGAGACCGCUAGCUACAGAGAAGAGUAUAAUUCAAGAAGACGGGAAUACAAACGCUAUUGCUAUAGCUACGCUGCUGACGAGACAGGUUAUUACGCCUACAAUAUCGCGUUACGUAUUUAUAUUAAAGCCGCCGGAAAACCAGAAAAGGGAUAGAAGAGGCCUGCGUGCUUGGUUCCCUGGUCAGCAUGUCACCUUCGACUUCUCCUCCGAGCUCGAUCAUGGAUACUCGCACAUGCGGGAUGAGGAUCCGCAGAGUCUGAACGACGAUUUCGUUCGCACCUUCACGAUCAGUGCGCCUUUGGAUCGUAAAUCUCUUGCCGAUGUGGCGGAAAGUAUAGAAGCAGACGGAAAAGUAGCAACUUCGUCUGAACUACGUCUCCUACGUGUUGGGGUCGAGCCGGAGCUCGAGAUCGUCGUGAGGCGACAUGGAUCCGCAACCGCGCUCCUCGCGAACUGGAACCUGCGUGUUCCCCUUGAAGUUCCCGUCCUCGGCUUCGGCGGAGUCGAGGACUUCCGCAUGCCGGUGGCUCGCGUAAAGAGCGAUAGGCACACCAAGGAGAGCGUGUUCAUUGCUGGCGGCGUAGGAAUCACACCGCUUCUAGCACAAGCCGCUGCUGUACUUGAAAUGCAGGAUUCUGGGGAAAGGGGCGGUCUUCAGGUCCUCUGGAGUUUACGAGCUGAGGACUUACCUUUUGCCGUGGAUGCUUUUACUAGAAUAGAGGGGCUUGGGCCUGUUACUAAGCUCUUUGUCACGGGAUCGUUGGACGAAUCGCAAGAUAGGAGGAAAGUCCUGGAUACGGUACAGAACAUGGGGGCCCAGGCUGUAGACAGGAGAAUGGCGAGAGACGAUGUCCUGAGCAUUGGAGAGAGUGGGAGGAGGAAGUUCUUUUGCUGUACGGGCCCGGGUAUGAUGAAGACUCUUUUACAGUGGACAGAGGGCGAAGACGUUGUGUUUGAAAGCUUUGAGUAUUGAUUCUAAGCAUGUUUUGACAGCGUAUACACGUAAAUAAGGCGUUUUAGAGCUAGGGUUUGGGCAUGAAAAUAGAUUGUGUAUUAUCACAUGUG